UCGACCCCGCUUUACUAAUUGCUACCUCUGAAGGCUGAAAAACUCAAAAAUCCCCAAAUUCUGGAAUCAAACUUCAGACCUAACUCCUAAGAAACCCUACGCUUUAACAAAAUCUAACGUCAACUAGCUGAUUCACUAUCAUCAAUCAAGAUUGUAUGUUCGCAUUUCAAAUUCCAAAUUAUAAGCAGAAUCUUCUGUCCCCACUCACUCGCAUUGAGUUUUGGUAGUGGAAGAAGUCUUCCAUUGCAUUGGUGUCAAAUUCGCCCCUCGUACCCUCCAGCUCAGCCAAAAUUGUUGGUAAAUAUGGAGCUCUGGAUGUAACUGGCUUAUUGAUUUCAAUAUUGAAAGUUGUUCCUUUGUUGAUUGCUGUAUUUCUUAAAAAAUAUUUCCAAUGUCUUCUUAAAUUUGGCAUGCAGACAUGGAAGACCAUUUUAGUAAGACGUCUGAGGAGGUGCAUAUGCGAACUGAUGGGGCAACAAAUAAGUCUGUUGAUUGUAGUGAUGCAUUCAACACUAAAGAGGUUUUUCCUUCCCGAGAUGCUCUAUUGAAUUGGGCUCGAGAUGUUGCAAAAGAGAAUGGAUUUGUUCUUAUUAUUUUGAGGUCAGAGACAUCUACAAAAUGUAAUAAAAGGAAGACAUUUGUUAUUUUGGGUUGCGAUAGAAGUGGAAAAUAUAGAAGACCACACAAGAAUGCAAUAUCCCGCAAGGUGAAUGGUAGCAGAAAGUGUGAUUGUCCUUUUAGACUAAGGGGAAAAGCUUUGAAAAAGUCUGAAGGAUGGAUUGUUAAGGUAAUGAGUGGUUGUCACAACCAUGACUUGGCAGAAACAUUAGUGGGUCAUCCAUACGCUGGUCGGUUGAGUGCUGAAGAGAAGUCUUUGGUUGAUGAUUUGACAAAGAACAUGGUGAAGCCAAAAGACAUACUAUUGACAUUGAAAGAUCAUAAUGUGGAUAAUGUCACUUCUAUCAAGCAGAUUUACAAUGCUCGACAAGCUUAUCGAUCCUCUCGAAAAGGUUCAGAAAUGCGACAACUAUUGAGAUUAUUAGAACAUGAUCAGUAUGUGUACUGGCAUAGAAAGGUGGACGAUUCUGAUAUUAUCAAAGAUAUCUUCUGGACACAUCUAGAUGCCAUUAAACUUCUGGGUGCUUUCAACACUGUCUUGCUUAUUGAUACUACUUAUAAAACCAACAGGUAUCAGUUGCCAUUACUUGAGAUUGUUGGUGUUACUUCAACGGAGUUGACAUUCUCGGUGGCAUUUGCUUAUAUGGAGUCAGAGCGAGUUGAUAACUUCAUUUGGGCACUACAAAAGUUAAGAGGACUGAUUGUCAAAGACAAUGACGUACCCCAAGUGAUUGUGACUGACACAGACAUUGCUCUGAUGAAUGCUGUGAAGGUGGUCUUUCCGAGCUCUUCUAAUUUGUUAUGUCGUUUGCGUAUCAGCAAGAUUGUGAAAGCUAAAUGUAAGUCAAUAGUUCAACCAAAGGAGAAGCAGGACCUAGUACUCGAUGCAUGGGAUAGUGUUAUGAAUUCUCCUAAUGAGGGUGAUUAUAUGCAGCAUCUGACAUUGUUUGAAAAAGUUUGCUCAGAUUUUCCGGGUUUUAGUGAUUAUGUGAAAAAUACAUGGCUGAUUCCACACAAGGAAAAAUUUGUCACUGCAUGGACAAAUCAAGUGAUGCAUUUGGGUAAUACAACCACCAAUAGGGUUGAGGCAACACAUUGGAGGUUGAAGAAAUUACUUCAAGAUGACAAGGAGGAUAUGUGUAGCUAUUGGAAUGCUAUGAACAACAUGAUUACAUUGCAACACACAGAGAUUAAGGAGUCAUUUGAGAAAAGCAUAAAUGUUGUGGAACAUAGGCAUAAUACUUCAUUCUACAUCAAAUUGGUGGGAUUUGUAUCAAGGAAUGCGUUGGGUCAUAUAACUGAUGAGUAUGAUCGAGUUAAGACAGUUGGAAUUGAUAGUUCUAUAUGUGGCUGCACAGUUAGAACUACACAUGGGCUACCUUGUGCAUGUGAACUUGGUAGGUACGGUAUGGUGAGUCAUCCAAUUCCCUUGCAGGCAAUUCAUGUUCAUUGGAGGAAGUUACACUUUAGUGACCCAGGAAUGAAUAAUGAGGGGUCUGAGUUAUCCUUGCAACAUGAAAUAGAUGCUUUGCACAAGCUAUUUCAAGAACUUGAUUAUGCUGGGAAAGUUAUUGUGAAGGCUAAAUUGCAUGAACUAGCAUUUCCUGAUACAUGUUUAUUGUGUCCACCUCCUGAAAUGUUAACAAUAGAGGGUCCAGUGUUAAAAAGAGACAAAUCAACUAGAUGUGAUUCUUCAUACUGGGAGAAUGUUGAUGCAUUGCAUCCUGCCCAUGAUAGCACAUUGGCUCACCCUUCAUCUCAAAAAUCAGUCCAUGAGUCUAAAUGUAGGAGUGUUCUGCCAAUGAUAGACCAAUUUCCGGUUGAGAUCCAUCCAUUUAUUGAAGACAUUAUUGAUGUGAAAGCAGAUGCGAAUUGUGGUUAUCGUGCAGUUGCAGCUCAACUUGGUAUGGGUGAGGAAUCGUGGGCUCUAGUACGUCAGGAUUUGAUUAGAGAGCUUCAACAGUGGCAAGAUUAUUAUGCCAAAAUCUUUGGUAGCAAUGAUCGAGUGGCUGAAUUAAGGCAAUCUUUGUAUGUUGACAAGCAAGCAUCUGUCAAUAAGUGGAUGACCAUACCAGAUAUGGGUUAUGUUAUUGCCUCAAGAUAUAACGUGGUCCUAGUCUCUUUAUCCUUACAAGAGAGCAUGACCUUUUUCCCUCUUAGAGGUCGACCACCAUUAUCUCAGUCAAGUCACCGACUUAUUGCCAUUGGAUUUGUGCAUAACUGUCACUUUGUACAGGUCAUUUUGAAGGCUGAGUCUGCAUUACCGCCCACCGCGUUACAGUGGUCAAAAUAUUGCAAUGCUGAAUCUCUUUCUUGGGAAACUUCAUAUGUCAGUCGAAUGCAACAUUUUAGGUCAUUAUUUACACAAAUAGAACCAGAUUCUGUAGACAUUAUUGAGGAAUAAUUAGUAGUGCCAAAUUCACCACUUGUACCCUCCAGGUCAGAUCACAGACUACUUGAUAUUACGAGAGGGUUGCUAGGGCAUCCUUAGAAAUAAGGGUUUUGCUACAAUUGUUUUUUGGGCCAAUAGUUAAAUGAGUUUAAGCACACCGAGGAAGAGAGUUUCUCAAUAACAAUACCAACACACUUAAAUUUCCGAGAAUAUCAAUAGAAUUUCUCAUAUUAGAAAGCAUAUAUUGAAUGCUAAAGCAUCUAGUGCUGACCAAUCGGCACGAGCAAAAACUCCUGCAGAGGUACAGUAUAGAAGAAAAGCAGGUCAAUUGAUAUAACUUGGGAACAACUUUUUAGGUCUUAUAAUUUGUUGGUACUCUGGUGAAGGGACUACAUUCUAUCACUACUAUUCAAGUUAUUAAUAUUGAAGUAAUUAAUUUUUCAA